AUGGCUUCAAAACGCAAAGUGGAAGUUGUGGUCCCAGCAGAAGAGAGUGACCAGCUGCAUAUUCGUCCGCUGGGUGCUGGGCAGGAGGUUGGGAGAUCAUGUAUUAUCCUGGAGUUCAAAGGAAGGAAGAUUAUGCUGGAUUGUGGCAUUCACCCUGGUUUGGAGGGAAUGGAUGCCCUCCCUUACAUAGACUUGAUCGACCCUGCAGAGAUCGACCUGCUGCUCAUCAGCCAUUUCCACUUAGAUCACUGUGGAGCUUUGCCUUGGUUCCUCCAGAAAACGAGCUUUAAAGGUAGAACUUUCAUGACCCACGCCACCAAGGCCAUCUACCGCUGGCUCCUGUCCGACUAUGUCAAAGUCAGCAACAUUUCAGCAGACGACAUGCUGUAUACCGAGACGGACCUGGAGGACAGCAUGGAUAAAAUUGAGACCAUUAACUUUCACGAGGUCAAGGAGGUGGCGGGGAUCAAGUUUUGGUGCUACCACGCCGGCCACGUAUUGGGAGCUGCCAUGUUUAUGAUUGAAAUAGCCGGGGUCAAACUGUUGUACACAGGAGACUUCUCACGACAGGAAGACAGACACCUAAUGGCGGCCGAGAUCCCCAGUGUCAAACCGGACAUCUUAAUCAUCGAGUCCACCUAUGGCACGCACAUCCACGAGAAGCGCGAGGAACGCGAGGCUCGCUUUUGUAACACGGUCCACGACAUCGUCAAUAGAGAAGGUCGCUGUUUAAUCCCUGUGUUUGCUUUGGGGCGAGCCCAGGAACUGCUGCUCAUACUGGACGAGUACUGGCAAAACCACCCGGAGCUCCAUGACAUCCCCAUCUACUACGCCUCGUCCCUGGCCAAGAAGUGCAUGGCCGUGUACCAGACUUACGUCAAUGCCAUGAACGACAAGAUCCGCAAGGCCAUCAACAUUAACAACCCUUUUGUUUUCAAGCACAUCAGCAACCUCAAGAGCAUGGACCACUUUGACGACAUCGGACCCAGUGUAGUGAUGGCUUCCCCCGGAAUGAUGCAGAGCGGCCUCUCCAGAGAGCUUUUUGAAAGCUGGUGCACAGACAAGAGGAAUGGAGUCAUCAUCGCCGGAUACUGUGUGGAGGGAACUCUAGCUAAGCACAUCAUGUCCGAGCCAGAGGAGAUCACCACCAUGUCGGGACAGAAGCUACAGCUGAAGAUGUCGGUGGACUACAUCUCCUUCUCAGCCCACACGGACUACCAGCAGACCAGCGAGUUCAUCCGUGCUCUCAAACCUCCGCACGUGAUCCUGGUCCACGGCGAGCAGAACGAGAUGGCGCGACUGAAGGCGGCGCUGAUCCGAGAGUACGAGGACAACGAUCAGGUUGACAUCGAAGUCCACAACCCCCGCAACACCGAGUCCGUCACCCUCAACUUCAGAGGGGAGAAACUUGCCAAGGUGAUGGGUUCUCUGGCGGAUCAGAAGUGCGUUCAAGGUCAGAGGGUGUCCGGCAUCCUGGUGAAGAAGAACUUCAACUACCACAUCCUUAACCCCUCAGACCUUUCACUGUACACGGAGCUGUCCAUGAGCACGGUGAAGCAAACCCAGGCCAUCCCCUUCACUGGACCGUACUCGCUGCUCGUCUGCCACCUAAGGAACCUAACAGGUGACGUGGAGGAGCUGGACGGAAUGGAGAAGAAAACCCUGAAGAUCUUCCAAAGCAUUACGUUGAUCCACGAAAUCGGCAUGGUCGUGCUGGAGUGGAUCGCUAACCCCCUCAACGACAUGUACGCUGAUGCCGUCACCACAGUGGUGUUGGAAGUCCAGUCCAACCCCAAGGCUCAGAAAGUCAUGGAAAACCAGAGUUCCGUUUUGGACAUGGACGUCUUUCAAAGCCGACUAGAAGUAAUGUUACAGGACAUGUUUGGACAAGACUACGUGGACGUCGGCGAUGGCCAAAACAUCUCGGUGACGGUCGACGGCAAGACUGUUAACAUUUGCUUGGAAACACGGUCGGUGAGCUACGAGGAUGAGAGCACAGAGGACGAUUCUCUUCGGGAGUUGGUGGAGCAGGCUGUGCUGCGUCUCUUCGACGCCCUCAACCCCAUCAAAGGAUGUCACUUUUAG